CAGACAUCAUGAAGAUGCAUUCAAGAGCUUUCUGCCUGAUGCGUUUGCCACAGACAAGUACUAUAUUGAGUCACCUUCAUCAGGGUUCCUUUGCCAGGUCAUCUGCUCAUUACCUGAGUACAUCAAAUGACCAAGAUGUUGGUAGGGCAUACAACCCAUCAUAUGUGGAGAGCAAGUGGCAGGACCGGUGGGAUACACACAGCCCUGGUAACAGUCCAUCAGGGAAGUCCGGGCGCUUUUCAAUGGUACUGCCGCCACCCAACAUCACCGGUCAGCUCCACCUGGGCCAUGCACUGACGCUGGCAGUGCAGGAUGCCCUCUGCCGCUGGCGGCGUAUGCGCGGAGACGAGGUGGUCUGGGUGCCCGGCACCGACCACGCCGGCAUCGCCACUCAGGUGAUCGUGGAGAAGGCGCUGUGGGCCGAGCAGCGCAGAACGCGCCUCCACCUUGGACGCCGCGAGUUUCUAAAGCGAAUCUGGAAAUGGAGAUCAGACCGAUCAGACCAGAUCUACCGCCAGAUGAAGGCCUUGGGCGUCACCCUGGACUGGGACAAGGCUGUCUUCACUAUGGAUCCAGACAUGUCCGAGGCCGUGACUGAGGCAUUCAUACGCUUAUUUGAUGCGGGUCUGGUGUACAGAGCUCAGACGCUGGUCAACUGGUCCUGCUACCUACAGUCAGCCGUGUCAGAUAUCGAGGUCGAACACCAGCCGGUAGAUGGCACAAUGGUCGACUUCGCGUAUUGCUGGGAUGAAGAUCCGUCCGAGGAGAUCGUGGUAUCGACGACGCGGCCGGAGACGAUGCUGGGCGACGCGGCGGUGGCAGUGAGCCCCUGUGACGACCGCUGGCGGCACUGGGUGGGCCGCCGCGUGACGCAUCCCCUGCGGCCCGGCCGGCCGGCCCUACCCGUGGUGGCCGACGGCGUGGUCGAUCCGCACUUCGGCACUGGAGCUGUGAAAAUAACGCCGGCUCAUGACUUCAAUGAUUUUGACGUGGGGAAGCGGCACAACUUGGAAAUGUUGACAAUUCUGUCCGAGGAUGGAAGGAUCAACGAAAACGGAGGUCAAUUUCAGGGCCUUAGCCGUGUCGAGGCCCGGCUGGCCGUGGUCGAGGCCCUCAAGGAGCUCGGCCUAUUCCGCGGCGAGCGGCCGCAUCAGGUGGCCGUGCCCGUCUGCUCCCGCACCGGUGACGUCAUCGAGCCCAUGGUGAAACACCAGUGGUUCGUCCGCUGCGACCAGAUGGCAGCAGCGGCGCUGGAGGCUGUGGAGGCCGGGGAGCUGGUGAUCGAUCCUCCGGCGCUGGCGGCCACCUGGCGAAAGUGGCUGGGCGGCUGCAGGGACUGGUGCGUGUCGCGCCAGCUGUGGUGGGGCCACCAGAUCCCGGCGUACUGCGUCAGGUGCCUGGACGGCACGGAGCGCUGGGUGGCGGCCGCCUCCGACCAGGACGCCCUCAGCAAGCUGGGCCUGACGCCCGCUGAUGUGACGGCCGUCCGGCGAGACCAAGACGUCAUGGACACAUGGUUUUCGUCCGCCCUCUUCCCGUUUACGGUGUUUGGCUGGCCUAAACAGACUCCUGAGCUGGCCCAGCAGUACCCGUUGUCGCUGAUGGAGACCGGCCACGACAUCCUCUUCUUCUGGGUGGCCAGGAUGGUUAUGCUCGGCCAGGCACUUACUGGACAGCUGCCGUUCAAGAAAGUACUGCUGCACGGUCUCAUAUGCGACGCCCACGGUCGGAAGAUGUCCAAGUCGCUUGGAAACGUGAUCGACCCGGACACCAUUAUAGAGGGCGCCACGCUCGACCAGCUGCACCAGCAGGUGGAUGCCUCGGCAGCCCAGGGCUACAUCUCCCAGGAGGAGGCCGAAAAGGCCAAGCAGAGCCAGAGGUCACUGUACCCCGAGGGCAUACCGGCCUGCGGCGCCGACGCCCUCCGCUUCUCCCUCUGCACGACCGAUCUCCGUAACACGUUCCUCAACUUGGACGUGCGCGAGGCGCGCCAGGCGCGGCUGUUCGGCAACAAGCUGUGGCAGGCGACCCGCUUCGCGCUGCGACACCUGGCCGACACUGGCUACCGCUGCGACGAGCAGGCCAGGUGGUCCCGGCUGCGGGACGCGCAGGCGCCGCUGAACCGCUGGAUGCUCAGCUGUCUCAGCGCCUGCGUGGAGACGUGCAGCACCAGUAUGGAGCAACACUGCCUGCACACGGCCACCAACGUCAUGCACUACACCCUUUACAGACAGUUCUGCGACGUCUACCUGGUGGGAAGACACCGAACUUUUAGCUUGGAUUGGUAG